CAAAACGAACACCGUGCUUGGUUUGUUGGUACGUAGCAUAAGCACAUUCUAAAUCGGAUACGAACAAUGUGGAAUAUCUGUAAUAGUAAUACUAUUUGCAGAGAUUUUUAGUCUGUAAAUGCAUUAAUGAUUAUUGUUUGCGUUGAUUACAGUUCAUACAGAGUGAAGAUUAGAGACCAAAUUAAGAAAACACCUUAUCUUUAUGUACGAUUCACGUGACUUCGAUAAACUUUGCCCAGCUUGGCGAAUUUAAUCUCUCUCACAUUCACUAGCGAUUCGUGCUCUACCAAAGGAAGGUCAGAGACAGAGCUUAAGUUCAUGUGUUGCGAAGAGGAAAACGUAUUAAUAGAUACACAAGAAAGAUUUAAGUUUGCGCGAAAGUGAUUAUCAAUAUAUAUUUAGUGUUUCAUGUCGAAAGUCUGUUCUCAAAGUGGCGUAGCAGGAGUUCUUGUAAAUGAACAGUUUACAGCUGUGAGUUAGCACGUCUUCUCUCGAUUGAGUGAACCCAACGGGUAGUGACUUUUUGAUUGACCGCUGUACGCUGAUUUUGAUUAGAGACAAGGAACAUGGCGAUGGAUUUUCGUCCCCCGAUGGCCCCUGUUUUACCAAGUUCCCCUGUGAUUGUACCACAUUCUGUUGCCGUUGCCAUGCCCCCUCCGGGUGCAAUAGCUCUUUCAAACAUGGGACAUGAACAAAUUGUAGUUAUGAAUGGAGAUAGUAGUUUAGACUGCAAUAGAAAACGACCUUUAGAGGAUGACAUACAGUUAAAUUCUUCAAAAAGACUGAAUUAUUCCGGUGACGAUUCCAAAUGCGUCUUGAAAAUGCUCAUUCCAAGCACUGCGGCAGGAUCCAUUAUUGGUAAAGGGGGACAGACUAUCGCCCAGUUACAACGAGACACAGGAUCAAAUAUCAAAUUAUCUAAAGCAAAUGAUUUUUAUCCAGGCACCACUGAGCGAGUAACCCUAAUUACCGGCACAGAAGACGCUAUUAACACAGUCUCAACGUUUUUUAUAGAGAAAAUCAAAGAGUCACCUCAACUUGGGGCUCAAACUGGGGCGGAGAAUGUUACAUCUCCCGAAAGAGCUCGUCAAGUUAAAGUUGUGGUGCCUAAUAGUACCGCUGGAUUGAUAAUAGGGAAAGGUGGAACCAUGAUCAAAUCAAUUAUGGAGCAAAGCAGUGCCAGAGUUCAAAUCUCCCAGAAGUCUGAAGGUAUCACGCUUUCAGAGAGGGUAAUCACAAUCUCCGGAGAGCUCGAUUCGGUUAAAAAAGCCAUGUCUUUCGUUGUAUCCAAAAUACAAGAAGAUCCUCAAAGUGGUAGUUGCAACAAUUUGAGUUAUGCUGCCAUUACCGGUCCAGUUGCUAAUGCAAAUCCAACCGGCUCACCUUUCGCGGAAACAAAUAGUGUAGUGCAGACUAUUGCAAAAAGUCCUCUGGGUAUACCCACAACUCCGGGUCUCCCUGGGCUCCCAGUGGGCGGCAUGGCGCUCACACCACAAGCUGUCUUUGGAGCACGUGUCCCUCAAGCCCCUUCUCCGCUAAGUGCGCAUCACGGGAUCACAGCAGCCGAACAUGGACUCGGUAUCCCGAUGGGACAUUUGGCUCAGUAUGGUUAUAGCCUAUGCCAUAAUGUAAGUGCCUUACCUGGGAUGGGGAUUGGGGCUACUAGUCCCUUAUUAGGGGCAACUGCUCACGCUAUAGCCCAGCCCUCUGCUCCCGUAUUCCCCCCAUCUUCCAUGUCAGCAUCAAGUUUCUUGGGAGGUCAUUACCAACUUGCCGCGAGUAGUGCUCCUUCACCACCAAAACCUACCCCUGCUAUACCAAUCACUUCCACAGCAGUUGUAGAAAAUACACCAAAUGGCACCCCGGGUCAUGCAGUUUCGAUGGGCAGUGAGGCACUUGUCCCUGGAUUUGCAAUGGCACAUGCACCAUCUUAUCCUGGGGUUGGAGUUACAUUUGCUCCAGAACAAAUCAAAGAAGCUACCAAAGAAUGUGCAUUAGAAUUUGAAGUUCCAGAAACAAUAGUAGGUGCUAUCCUGGGGAAAGGCGGGAAGACGUUAGUAGAAUUCCAACAGUAUUCCGGGGCUAAAAUCCAAAUUUCCAAGAAGGGAGAAUACGUUCCCGGUACGCGUAACCGAAAAGUUACCAUAACUGGCUCACCCAGUGCAACUCAAACGGCCCAUUUUCUCGUCUCCCAAAGAAUAUUUCAGGAAGAACAGAAUAGGGCAUUGAAAGGGACCACAUAGAGGUCAGGUGAUUAGAUGUUAAAAACUCAGACCAAAUUUGGGUCAUUUUUGUCCCAGUGUUUUUCAGUAUCGAUCAAACGAUUUUGGAACGAGGUCAGGUACAAAUCAUGUGACUAUUUCUCACGUAAUUUGUCGCAUAACAUGACCUUGAACGCUUCUCUAUUUUUGCAAAAUUUCUAUUUUCAACCAAUGAACUCAAUUUGUUAACUGUGUUUUUAUUUGUUGUUGUGAAAAGUAAUUGUUGGAUGUUUAGAUCCAUGUAUCAGAAUAUAGAUUGUAGGUUUAACAUGAACUAGAAAUUUGGGUUCUCAACUGCAAAGUUUAUUUAAUUUUUUGAACAAAUUUAAAUAUUUAUGGAACAAUAUUGAUUUGUGCCAACGGGGCAUUACGAACAAAACACAAAUUAUAAGACUUUGCCGUAUAGUUGAUUUAAAAUUCUAAAUAUUAACUGCUAUACAUGUUAAGAAGAAAAAAAGAUGUUCUGUCGAGAAAAUGAUAAGAAUAUUAACUAUUCAAAGAUUAUGAAUAAGUUUUAUUUAUGAUAAUUAUACUUCAAUUUGUGAAAAGACAAAUGUACGAAAAGAUAUUCAAUUUAUAUAUCAAAGAAUGAGAAGAAAGUUUAAGAUAGUUAGGGUAAGUUUUUAGAACCAAUAGGUUAUAGAAUAUAAAGUUUGAAACAGUUAUGAUGAUGACACAAUUUAAUUCAAAAGUGACAGCUCACGAUCAGAGCCCAAAUGCUGCUUUGUUUAUGAAAGUGGGAAAGGGGAUGAAGGGAAGCUUCAGGGAGGGGGUUGGUGGUAAUUUAUAUAUGAAGUAAUUAGAUUGUAAUUUAAGAUAAUUUGUCUUCUUAUCUAAUUGAUUCAGAUUUAUUAAGACAGUGCAAUUUUCUGCACAUUCUUUCCGACAUGCCUUUCAUCGAACCAAAAUGACCAAAAAUGCCAAAUUCGGGACAUAUGUGUAUAGUCCCAUUAUAGAAACAGGAAAUAUUGGACGUUAAAACAUCUUUCAUCUCAUCCUUGACAUUUCAGGUCAUUUUCAUCGUCAUUCACUUUCAUUACAUUGUCAUACAUUACUAACAGAAGUCAUUUCAUCAUUUCUUUUUUUCAUCCAAAUGCUCGUCAGAGUCAAAAUUUUUAUUUUGAAUGCUUAUAUAGAUAUAAAUAUAUAUUGAUUGUAGUUUUCAGCUUGUAGUUGGAGUGUAUGGCAACGUAGCCAUGUGUGUGUGUGUUUUCGCUAGAUGAUUCGCUUCUUUUGCUUUUUCAUGUUUGUUUAUCUGUAUGUGAAGUGUUAUCAGCAUUUCACACAAUACCAAGUGCUCUCGUUGUUUUUAACCAGUUCAUUCGGUCCCUUAUAGAGCCAAUGUGAUUGAGCUGAUAUCUACAGGCUAACCUUUUACCCAUCAAAUGUCUGUCCUUGGAUUUUACCAGUAAAAUCUUCCAAACUAUACUUCCGUAGUUCCUCUGGUAUAAGCCCACUCCUCUUGAACUCAAAACUAGGCACUAUAUGCCUAAUUCAAAGCUAAUAGUUGAUGUUUUUUUUUUUUUAGAAUAUUUGUAAAAUUCAGAUAAGCUACUCAUUCAAAACAUACCUGGGCUUUUUGCCUGAGAAAAACCUGGUACAUAAAAAGUGCGUAAGGUAGAGGGUGGGCCUAUACUAGAGGAUUUAUGGUAGCUGGUAAAAUAUGGAAGAUUGAUACCAAUCUUAAGCCAAAAUCUUGAAUGACUGUUUAAGACAAAAUUGUGUUUGAAUACUACGACUCUAGAGGGCAUUGGAUUCCAUUUUAAGUAUUAAUUAUCAUUGCAUGAUUUUAGCAUUACAUUUCAUUUUUUAAAAAGUAGUUGUAUGUAUGAGAAAAAAAAUGAAAUUCAUAGUUCUUAUUUUAAUGAUAUUUUUUGUACUCAUUUUUUGUUUUGAUGAUUUAUUCUACCAAAACAAAAGUUGUGAAAUGUAUAAGAACCACAUCUGGAGAAGAUGAGAAUGCUAAAAAAAAAUGUUUUUAUAUUUUUUAAGAAAUGGAAAGUGAUUUUUUUAUGUACAUAUUAAAAGCAAUUUUUCCCCUCAAUUUUUUGAAAUGUGCCUUAGUUAAUUCCUAAAAUAGGAGAUUUUCAACCAUAUGUGCAAAUGGUAAGAAAAACAAUUGUCACCAAUUCCUUAUAUAUGUUUGUCUUUGACAACUCAAAAACCAUAAAAUAAACUUUCCUGUUGUAUAAAUUGUGUGCUAAUGAUGUUUUAAAAUCUCUUCUCCAGGUUGUGGUAAUUUUUUUCUUAGUUUUUCUUUAUAUUUUUCAUUGUUUUAGGCAUUCAUUUCUCAUUGUUCAUUCUAUUAGUUUAUUCAUCCAUCCAUUCUGUAAAUCAUUCAAAUUGUCCAAUCAUAAAAUGUAUUUAAAACCUUCCAGUGAUUUUUGAGAGAUUCAAAUUGUUUUUCAUAAUUUAUAUCGAAUAUGUAUCAAGCUGUUAUUGAUAAAGAUAAAGUAUAAUUUUUUUUUCUAUUAUAAUAUUUUCUUCAUAAAAGUUUUUGUAUUAUGUAGAAUAUGAUGCUACUAUAUAAGGGUGCUAUGAUAGGACGGAGAUAUGUUGAUUUAUGUGUAAUUUUGGGAGUAUUAUGUAGUAAUUUAACAGAUUGAAUCAAAAGUAAGCUUGAUUGAUUGUACACAAAUCUGUUGAUGACCAGGACUUUCAUGCCUUGAUAUCUUUCGUUGUUUAAGACAAAAUGUUAGUUUCUAAGUUGAUGAAUUUUCAUUUGUUUUUCAUGUUUGAUUUGAAUUAAUUGUUCAAAUUGAAUCUGUGCUUUCACUAUUUUAGCUAGUAACUCCUAUAUCCCAUUGUAUUUAAUUAACACUAUAUAAAGAGAUAAAAUUUUGCUUUAUUUUGGCUCAGUGAUAAGCUAGCCGUCAUCAACCUAAUGUCAUAUUUAUCCUUGCUAAUUACUUUUUUCGUUGUUUUUAGCACAAUUUACAUUUUGGUGACAUUGCAAGUAGCUUGGUCAUACCGUAACCUUUUUUCUGCACGAUUCAUCAUCUUGCAUCUAAAAACUAGAAACUUCCAGCUGUCACUCAAAUUGUGACGUCAGACUGUAGAAGUUGAGUGGGGCUCUGUUCUCAAAUCGUCAUCUCUUGAACAAAGAAAAUGCAAAACGUACGGAGAACGGUUGAGAACAGACCAAGCUGAUUGCGGUCAUUAUUGAAAAGGUCAUUGAACUCUCAACAUCACCAUCAUGUUGUUCUUAAACCAUUACGCAUAAAACAUAGCUCUCUUCUUGAUCCGCACCUCACGUGUCUUGUGUCGUCAUUUAUCCUUUCGGCUGGUAGCAUGCAUGUCACAAACAAUAUUUAAACAGGAUCAAUUUUUCAGAACUGGUAAUUAUUUACAAAGAGAUCAUCAGUACGUCUUUCCCUCCCAUUGUUUAUACCCACACACAAUCUAUUUGCUGAUGUUCCUAUGUUCAUAUACAGACGUCGUCUCUACACAAUUUUUAAAUGAACCAAAAAGAAGAACACAUUUUAUUUUUAGAACAUCCAUUGAAUGAUAACCUGAUUUUCUUUAUCAUUAAUGUCAAAAAGUAAUCAGAACGAUGUAGAUUGUAGAGAGUGAACAAAUAAAAAAUAUGACUAUUUGGCCCAAAUUCAAAUUAUUUAAAUGCACCUCGGAAAUAAUAUUCAUUGAUUUGGCAAUUUUAUAUUGGACUCAAAACAACGAAUAUUGUGUCAAUCAAAGAUGUAAUGAUUCGGCAUUGCAACCAGGCUAUGCAUUAACGUAUUUCAUUAAAACCGUAAUUAUUAGCCAUAGUUGCAGCAUGCCUAGCAACCAAUCAUUCUAUCCCAUCAUGCAAUCAUGGUAUGUCCCAUCAUGCCUUGAUGUAGUUGCUAAACAACGACCUUUCACUUAACAAGCACUUAAGUCAUUAUUCUGUAUGCAUGUUCCCAUCUUGACAGUCUUCCCUGGCAUCAAUUACAGAUGCAAAAAAAAAAAGAUUCCUUCCCCUCAAAAAAAGCGGAGGGAGGUAGAUGAACCAGCAGCGGCAUGACAUAAUUUAUUGGUAUACUCUUCUGUUUUUGUUAAGUAUGUACACUAGUUUCACAUCAAGUAUGUAUCUAUGGUGAUGGUUACCUCACUCUUCACCGUGAAUUAACAUCAAAUCAUAUAUUUUAAUAUAUUUCUCCCCAAAAGACAGAAGUGCAAUUAAUAUAGUAAUAACAGUAUUUCUAUAUUUACAGAUUUUAGAAAUAUUUUAUUGGUUUUUUUUUUUAAUGUUGAUUCAAGUUUUUAAUAUUCCUUAUUCCAAAGUAUUUUGUACUAUAUCAUCAAAGCAACAGAAGAAGAAUAUGUAAAUCAGAGCUAUGUACCUCACCAAACACCAUUUAAAAUCCAUCUUUUUUUUUCAUAUUCUUUAAUAUAAUGAAUGUAUUCAUAUAUUUUAUCAUAUCCUAAAUAUAUUAACGUUUUGCCGUUUCUCAUCAAUUUGUGCGCAUGUAUUGGUGGUGUUUGGUAGCAGCCUCGCAGCUUCAUGACUUUACCGUGACAUUUUGAACGACUAAAAAUAUUUUCUAAAUCAUAACACUUUUCAAUUGAAGGAAAACAAUGGUUCCAUUAAUGAAUCAAAAUGUACUUAACUUUCAUAUUUUUAAAUGAUUUGCUAAAAUUUCAUCAAUCAUUUUAUCAUCAUCAAUGUUUCCUUAAAAUAUUUCUGUCACAUUUACACCUUUCAUAUUCAUUGCCGAAGCCUGGUUUUUAAACAUUGAUGUACCUUCCAUUUUUGUUCAGCAUUUUGCCAUGAUAGGACGACAGUGAUGCGAUUUUUAAUCUGUAUUAUACCUGCAGUUGAAACACCUUAUUGGGUUUUUUUUAAUGAUGAGGAAUGAUUUGUUAUGUUUUCUGCGAAGUGGCUGUCUUCCACACAUCUGUGUGGCUGUGUAUGUGGGUGUGUAUGUGUGAUAUUUGUAUGCGAGUGGGAUUGUUUUAAGCGAGGGUCAAUUUUCAUGGCAAGUGUUUCCACAAUGCAUGUAAUAAACAUGUUGACAAAACCUUUUCAACAGCUUUCAUUUCGUCAUUGUCUCCAUUUUCAUUUAUUCAUUGUAUUGUACUGUUUGACUUUUAAUUAGUUUUGAAUCAAUCAAAGUAAACCAAAAAUUAAAAAUGAUCUGCAUGUUGUCCAGAAAAUAAUUUUUAUAAUGAUUAUUUUUCUAAUCUUUAAAAUAUAUGUUUUUUCAAAUUGAAAAAAAAAAAAAAUAGAUUAUGAACCUAAGGUGAUUUUUUAUAAUCAAAAAAACUGUGUCACUUGAUUUUUGUAUCAAGACCGUAAACUCUUGAAGAGUAAAUCUUUGCAAUUAAAUUAUUGCUCGUUAAUUAUA